AUGUCUGCUGUAUUUGCUUCUACAUUGGAAUCUGUCGGUGAUUAUUAUGCCUGCGCACAUCUAAGUGGGGCGCCACCACCACCAAGUCAUGCUUUCACUAGAGGAUUGGGAGUGGAAGGCAUUGGCGUGUUUAUUGCCGGAAUGUGGGGAUGCCUGGGAGUGACGUCAUAUUCCCAGAACAAUGGAGCAAUCUCAGUUACAAGAGUUGGAAAUCGUCGUGUAAUACAAUGGUUGAGUCUGAUUCUUUUCUUAAUGGCUAUUGUUGGUAAACUUGCAGCCAUUAUUGCAUCAAUACCAAUUCCGAUAAUUGGGGGAUUACUGUGGAUCACCUCUGGUACAAUAAUAUCCAUAGGCGUUGCUAGCCUACAACAUUGUAAUAUGAAUUCUUCAAGAACUUUGGCAAUAUUUGGGACAGCCAUUAUGACUGCUUUGAUUGUGCCUCAGUAUCUAACCCAGAACCCGGAGGUCAUUGAUACAGGUACGCAAGAAGAAAGAGGUUUGAUGGCAUAUCGUAAACUUGAUGCAGAAACAAUUACGAAACUUGGUUUACGUGGAUCCAUGACUACAUAUGACUUGCCAUUUGGUAUGUCAUAUAUAAAAAAAUGGAAAUGGACCCGCUACAUACCUUUUUGCCCAACGUUCCUAAAGAAGGACUAG